AUAUUAAUAUUUUCAAUCCAAACACAGCUUUAGCCUUUACUUUCGCUUAAUUUGCUUGCUCUCUCUCUCUCUCUCUCUCUCUCUCUCUCUCUCUCUCUCCGCCUUUGACCCAUCGAAACCUGCCGGCAAGUAGCCGUCUUCCAAUUAAAUACUCUACCUUCAAAUUUCAAUCCCUUCCCCACUUAACAUUCCUCAUCUUCUCUCAUCUGUAUAUAAAUUUCCCUUUUUUUUCCUUUUUUUUUUUUCUCCAUAUUUCCAUUUACUCAUCUUCUUCUUCCGAACCCAAGUGUAUUCGUAACUCUCUCUGUACGCACCAUGAUUUUCCCUUCAAAAAGAAGGAAAAGACUUAUGAAAAUUCCCUUUUCACCACAAAAAGCUCUGCUAUAGAUCACCAAAUUUCCCAACCUUUUGGUUUUGGGAACUGGGUUUUUGCCCCAAAAUUUCAAAAGAAGAAAAAGAAUGAUUCUUUCCAACCCAUUCUUUCUUGUAAUUGUAACCGUCUGUAUAUUUGUAGCAAUCCGUGUGGCUCUGUACAAAACUGGGUUGGUUUUUCUUGUGAAGAAAUGGUGGAGGCGAUUCGAAGACUGCUUCCAUGUCUACCAAUCUUUCAAAGUCCCAGAAUUCAACGAAAGCAUGCAGGAAAAUCACCUCUAUGGCAGAGUCACCGACUAUCUCAACUCUCUCACCUCCAUUGAAGAAUCGGAUUUCACCAAUCUCGUCACGGGCAAAAAACCCAAUGAAAUUGUACUCAAGCUCGACCGAAACCAGACCAUCGAAGACGACUUCCUCGGCGCCAAGGUGCUAUGGGAAACAGGGGCCAGCACAGACAGUACGAGCAGAAGCUUAGUGUUGAAGAUUCGAAAAGCCGAUAAGCGUCGGAUUCUCAGGCCUUAUUUGCAGCACAUCCAUGUCGUCGCUGAUGAGCUGGAGCAGAAAAAACGAGACUUGAGGCUUUUCAUGAACGUUGAUGCUCCCAAUCGAGCAUGGAGAGCCGUCCCGUUCACGCACCCAUCGACCUUGGAGACCAUAACCAUGGAAGCCGAUCUCAAAUCCAAGGUAAAAUCCGAUUUGGAAUCGUUUCUCAAGGCCAGGCAAUAUUACCACAGACUGGGUCGGGUUUGGAAACGGAGCUUUUUGCUAUACGGGCCAUCGGGCACUGGAAAAUCAAGCUUUGUGGCCGCCAUGGCCAAUUUCCUUAACUACGAUGUGUACGAUCUCGAUCUGUCGAGAGUCAAAGACGAUUCAGAGCUGAAGACGCUUCUGUUGCAGACGACGACCAAGUCGGUAAUUGUGAUAGAGGAUUUGGACCGAUAUCUCGCCGAGAAAUCGACGGGUUUGAGCUUUUCGGGGAUUUCGAAUUUCAUGGACGGGUUGUUGAACUCGUGCUGCGCGGAGGAGCGGGUCAUGGUGUUCACGAUGAACUCGAAGGACCACGUUGACCCGGCCUUUCUGCGGCCGGGUCGGAUCGACGUCCAUAUCCAUUUUCCGCUCUGCGAUUUCGGAGCCUUCAAAAAUCUAGCGACGAGUUAUUUGGGGGUGAAAGAGCACAAGCUUUUUUCUCAGGUGGAGGAGAUUUUUCUGAAUGGGUCAAGUUUGAGCCCGGCCGAGAUCGGCGAGUUGAUGAUCGCGAACCGGAACUCUCCGAGUCGGGCCAUUAAAUCGGUCAUCACGGCUCUGCAAACGGACGGCGAUGGGAGGGGGAUCAGCAUGUUCGGGCGGCGGGUGGGGUUUGAUGUCGGGUCGAGAAAGUCCGCGGACGAAAUGGUUGAACCCGGCGGGGUGUUUUGCGGGGAAGGCGCUCAUACCGUUAGGGACUUUAGGAAGUUGUAUGGGUUCUUGAGGAUGAAGAGCAACAAGAGCUCUCAUUCUCAGUCGUUCGAUGCUGGCUCGGCGAACAGGGAUGGCUGAUCGGACGGCUCAGAAAUGGCUAUGUUUUGAAGGGGCAUGUUCGAUGCAACGUGUCGAGUUGUAAUUGGGAGGACAUUGCCCUUGGGUCUCUGGAAGAACAGAGAAUCAAUAUAGGGGGAAAUGCAGCAGAAUACAGCUUAAUUUAAUUAGAACCAAAAACCAACAAUUUGUUUUGAUAUUUGUUUGAUAUUUGGAUAUUUGUUAGUUGGGAUUGGAUGCUUUGUGGAUAGAUUAAUUGACACAAUUGGGAAUGUGAUUCUGUCUUUCUCCUCUUCUUCUUCCCUUUGUUGGAAUGCACUGCCUUUUGUUGAUA